UUUUUAUUUUGUAAUUUUUUUUUUUGUAGAAUUUUGUAAACUUUAGGAAAUUUUAUUAAUAAUUUUAGGCUUUUUUUUUUUAAUUUUUAUAAAACCGGCCAACUCACACGGGCUAGCCAUGCCCCGACAUACUGACCCAACAUGUCACUCACCAACGGAGGAAUGGCUCACAGUCCACGUGUCAACCCAUGCCCAACCACACCCCACGGUCUAACCCCAAUCAAACAAAAUAUGCAUACUUUUCCCCACUCCACACUUCAAAACAAACAACACGUUAGUUGCAACGAUUAAAAUUUAAAACCUGUGACUUCCCUUCUCUUCCUACUUCACCCAAUGGACCUCACCACCACCGUCAACAACCACCACCACCACCACCGUCAACCCCCACCACCACCACCAAUGGACCGGAAAAUCUGGUCCAAACUCCCCGUCGAACUCCUCGAACGCAUCCUCUCUUUACUCCCUCUCAAAACCUUCUUAUCUCUCCGAUCCACCUGCAAAUACUUCCGCUCCUUAAUCUUCUCUCCCCUCUUUAUCUCCAAACACACCAAUUCCCCUUCAUCUCCAUCCUCCUCCAUAUCCUCCUUUCUCUUACUCUCCCAUCCUCAAUCCCCAACCUACCUCCUAUACGACACCGUUUUCAACACGUGGAAAACAUACGGCCUUCCUUUACCCCGAUCCCUCUCCUUCACCCCGCUCCUCGCCACCGCCACCUGCCUCCUCUGCUUCUCCGCCGUACCGGAUUCUUCAAACUCAUCCUUUCUUGUUCACAAUAUUCUCUCUAGAUGUUCCAGAACCGUUAGGUUUCCUGAAUUUCCGUUCGCGUUUGAGCACUUGACGAUUAUUACUAACGACAAUGGUUAUAAACUGUUCUGUUUAUCGUCUGGAUCGUGUUUGAACAGUUACGCCUACGUCUACGAUUCCAGAUCUCGUAACUGGACCAGAUUUAACGGGAUUCACCGGACGUUAGGUGAUAGUUUUCAUCAACAAGGCGUGUUUUUCAACGGAUCGUUGUUUUUCGCCACUCGCGAGCCGUUUCAAGUUGUUAAUUUUGACCUCGUUACAGGAAAUUGGAAGAUUUUGGAUGUAGAUCUGCCCGAGGAGCUCACUUUCGUCCGGUUAGCCGCGGAUACAGCCGGAAACGGUGCUAACAGCGGUGGAAAUGGUAACAGACUGUACAUGUUUGGUGGAACGGGAAGAAACGGAAUAUCGAAAUCGAUGAAGAUAUGGCAACUGGAUGAAGAUGAGCGGAGAUGGAGUGAGAUUGAGAGUGUGCCGGAGAUGAUGUGCAGGAAAUUUGGAUCGGUUUGUUACCAUAAUUAUGAGCAUAUUUAUUGUUUUUGGCAUGAAGGUAUGAUAUGCGUGUGUUGUUACACAUGGCCUGAGGUUUUGUACUAUAAGGUGUCGAGAAGGACUUGGCAUUGGUUGCCACAGUGUCCGUCUCUUCCGAAUAAGUGGAGUUGUGGGUUCAAGUGGUUUUCGUUUGUUCCUCAGCUGUAUGGUUUGGUUUAGGGGUUUUGGUUUGGUGUCUUGUAAUUUGUGGUUUGUUUGUUGUAUUUUGAGUUCUUGGUUGUACAGAUUUUGUUGAGGUAGAACCGGUUUUUUUUUUUUUAUAUUUUUGAUGAAUAGAGGCUAGAAUGGGAGAGAGAUGUUGUGGGGUUUUGUUAACGAGAAAUUUAGGUUGAACGAUUAACUA